UCCACCGUCGUCUUCAACCUUCCCUCCCUUACCGAUGUGGGCUUCUGUUGUUACCAUCUGCGGCAUCAGAUUUAUGCGCUGCCGUCCUCUUUUGCUUCCAAGAAUCUCUCCUUCUCUAUUUUCCAUGGAUAGGAGCAAUACCUCCUCCUUUUCUUCUUUUGCUCAUUCCAGUAAAAGCGGUGGAAGAGGAAGAGGUUUGGACAUGAGGAAUGACAGAGAGAGCACGAGAGGGCGCGGUGGCUCUGGUAAAGACAAAAUUGAUGCUCUUGGUAGACUCUUAACACGCAUCUUGCGACAUAUGGCUUCUGAGUUAAACUUGAAUAUGAGGAGUGAUGGAUAUGUCAAACUUCAGGAUUUGCUAAAGUUGAAUUUGAAAACAUUUGCCAAUAUCCCAUUGAGAUCGCACACGAUUGAUGACAUAAGGGAGGCUGUUCGGAAGGAUAAUAAGCAGCGUUUUAGCCUCCUGGAAGACAAUGGAGAGCUCUUCAUUCGAGCAAACCAAGGCCAUACAGUCACGGUGGUUGAAACUGAAAGUUUAUUAAAACCGAUUCUUUCGGCUGAGGAGGUUCCAGUUUGCGUACAUGGUACUUAUAAAACGAAUUUGGAAUCAAUUCUGGCAUCUGGUUUGAAACGCAUGAAAAGAUUGCAUGUCCACUUCUCAUGUGGUUUGCCAACAGAUGGAGAAGUUAUCAGUGGUAUGAGACGCAACGUUAAUGUUUUAAUCUUUCUUGAUGUCAAUAAAGCUCUGAAUGAUGGAAUGAAGCUUUACAUGUCGGACAACAAGGUCAUUCUGACCGAAGGUUUCGACGGAGUGGUGGCAGUCAAAUACUUUCAAAAAAUCGAGUCAUGGCCAAAUCGACAACCAAUUCCAUUUUGAGCCUGGAUGAGAUGGUGUACAUGAUCAAUCAUUUCAUGAAAAUAUUGAAUUGUGUUUAGAUCUAGAGACAAGAUAUUAACACAAUCAUAACUGGAAAUUUCUUAUUGGAUUUGCACCAGAUUCUCGUAUGCUAACUUUUAUAGCUCGGGGUUAGCUCGGGUUUCAUAUGAAUUUCAAACUUGGGGAGUCUUUGCAUUUAAGUUGGCAGCAAACAGUUCUGUCCUUCUUACGAACAUGAUGGUGGAUCUUUCAUGAAGAUUUGGCAACAAGUUUAGAUUUGUUCAUGAAGCGAUGAAAGUUAGUAUCCAAGUCUGUGGAGAGUGAUAUGAGAAAGCAGCCUCUGAAGAAGUGUAUGAUGAUAUUUCUUCAUUUUUGAUUCAGUUUGUAUUGGUGAGUGAAGAGUAUGGUUAACAAUUCUGAUGUAAUGCAACCUGUACCACAGGACUUGCUUUA